ACCGUGUCAUAUCGAUUGUUUAAACCGCGGCGGCCUAACCAUUCUCGGCCGAGUACAACGCUCCUUGAACUACGUCUGCGUUUCGUAACUAUCGCGAAGACGAACAUGGCCCAUGCACAGCGAGGAACGCAUCGGCAGCCACUGCAGGCGUUCGACAACGCCACGUACGUGAAAUCGGCACACCAGCUCGCCGGACAAGGGCCCUACAACUACAACCCUCUGUACGAACGAAGCCAGGGGUUCGACUUGGCCAGGCCCUUCGACGGACGGCAUCCGCCGCAGCUUUACCGCGACGAUGCAGACCUCUACGCCAUGAAGUCUGCGUGGCUGGCAGCGCAGCGCAGUAUCCCGGUUAGCGGCGAAGGGAUAUGGCCGGCGAUACCGAAGCAAACCCAGGUUCCACUUCCGCGCCCGAGCCAAUUGCUAGCUGUGGGACCCAACCGUGCUGCGACGUCUUCGGCGAGAGCCGGCGCUGGCGUCAACCACGGAAGGACAGAUCCGUCGACGAGCAGCACGACGACGAACACCACGACUAGCAGCAGUGGUGACAGUGGUAGUGGCAACAGCACCGAUCGCAGCGUGGCCUGCUACGCUUGCAGCACAAGCAGCGGCGGCUCGGAUUCCGUUCUCUCCAAGCGUCGCACUCUCCGCGACCGCAGAGUCGCUCGCUCUCCGCCAGCCAAGCGCCAGGGGCGGCGGGUGUCCUGGGCGACCUGCGCGCCCGUCGUCAUGAUGGCUCUGAUGAUGGCGUUCCUGCUGCUCGUCUCCCUCGCCGCCAUGGCGCGCUCGAAUCGCGUGAUGGCCGCUGUCUCGGCCGUCGGCCGUCUGAAUGUCAAUGACCGGAAGCCGCAGCUGGUGAUGUCGUCUGCCGCCACUAGAGUGACCGUCCGGGCACCAGGGCUGGUCGUUAGGUCGUCGACGAGUGGAGGCGUCGCAGAUACGCGGAACAUGACCAGACCUCGAAGUACCGACAAAGGCGCUGAAGGAACGACGUACGCGGAUGAAGCCGAUACUCUGCAGGUUACCGCCAGCAGCAAGCACGCGAGACCAGGCAAGCCACCGAAGCGGUCCGACGUUCCCGAGGCCCUGGCGGGCGAUUACGAAAACGUUGACGCCGGGGAAAGCAGAGAGCACCUCAUGGCUUUUCCGUUCCAACGUCCCACUCGUCCCAUGUGUGGCGACGUGUUCUACACCGUCUGCCACCCGAGCACCCAGCCCGAGUUCCACUACCGACGCUCGGUCAAUGCCUGCGUCGAGACGGCCGCUGACGCUGUGCAUUCGUGCAAUCGAGGCGCCAACAGGUUCGCCUCGCUGACCCACUGCCGCCGAAGCUGCAUGCGCCCGGGGCAUCAGCCGGCCGAGGAGUGUUUCGGCAAGCCGCUAUUCACCAGCUGUGCCAGGCAGGACGUGCUGUCCGGCUGGUGGUUCUUUGAGGGCCGGAAAUGCAUCCCCUGGAACUUCCCGUCGGGCGGGUGUCCGGCAGACGACAGCGCCGUCUUCCGUUCGGCCCAGGAGUGCAGGACGCAGUGCGUGGUAGGAGGACUCCGGCCUUCCCCGUGUCGUGCUCCCCAAGCGGUCGCCUGUGAGGGCCGCCACCUCAAGUACCCGUUCUUUGCGGACAUGUCCAUGAGGGACGGUCGCAUCCGGUGCAUGCGCUCAUCGCCCGAUGUCCUCCGAGAUCGCCGGUGCCUGACUGGGGCGAAUCGGUUUCACACUCGUGAAGCGUGCCUUGACACGUGCAAGAAACAGGCCGACGGGCUGAGCAAGGACUGAGCAGCCCAUCGUUUUUCUUAGAAUAUAAAG